AUGCCGCCUGCCUUAAAAACUGUUACCUGGUUCGCAUUCUGCGUUUUCCUCGUCGACCAAAUCCCUUCUGAAGGGGAUGGCAACUUCAAGUACUCCAACACUUAUCAAAGGCCUAACCAGUCCGUGUACACCUUUGCGCUCGAGCUACUUCGUUGGGCCCCGGACAACUUUGGUGCGAAGCACAAUCGCCUCCGGCACCUAUGGGACCGAAUCCUCCCAGAACUCCGAUCAAGGGCCCACAAAACCUGGAAGGACUUUGACGAGUUCCAUGUCUUUGUUGCUUAUCUGCAGCAGGUCCAGGACCCUUUUUCAAUCCGGUAA